ACCUGUCAGGAAUGGUAGACAAGCUUCAUCGCUGAAGACCGAGCCGACCUCUCCCACUUUUUUCAUUUGGAAAACGUGGACGUUUUUAACGCAGGGCCGCCUGCAUUAGUGAAAUAAACGCGGACAACUUUGUCUGACCGGCUGCGCAGGGGAAAGUGAGCCACACGCAUGAACUGACAGUGGUGAGAUUAUAAACGGAGUCUCUGAGCGCCCGGGAGGCUCCGACCCAUCUCGCUUUGAAGAUUAGAGGUUUGACGACGUCUGAAGGACACUAAGAACUGGAUUAGGUAUUGUGCAGUCUAACCUACUUCUCAUCACUCCUACAUCUUGUCCUCUGAAUAUUUGCGCAAUGACCUCUGGUGCACUUGGAUUACAGCGGGUGCGUCCGUAAGGUGUGUAUGUGAAUUUAACUAAAGGGCGAGAUGUGGUGUGAUCACGGGAACUCAUAUCAGGUGGGCAGGCAAUAAGGCUUGACAGAAGAUGCGACGGGGGUGGUGGCUCGUCAGAUGGCUGGGGACAGGAAUGGCAAUCCUCUCUUUGCUAACCCACAGCUGGGGCCGGGACACAGAAGACUGGCAGUACGAGGAGUGUAAGCUGUCCCGGCCUGGCCCCCCUGCAACCAUAGUGACCAUUGAUGAGGAGAGCCCCAACGGUACAGUUUUGGUGGAAAAUAUGCAGAUAAAUGGCCGCGCCCAAGACCCAGGCAGAACCAUCUCGCUGACGUUGCUGGACAACUACGACUACUGGGUGAUACUGGAACCAGCAAGACAGAGGCUCUACCUCAACAGCACCGGCCGCGUUCUGGACAGAGACCCUCCCAACUACAUCACCACCAUUGUGGUUCAGGUCCAAUGCACCAACGAGCUGGUCGGUACUGUCAUUUUGCACGAGGUACGGAUCGUUGUGAGGGACAGGAAUGACAACACCCCUCGGUUUCAGCAGCCACGCUACUAUGUUGCAGUGAAUGAGCUCACACCAGUUGGAACCACCAUUUUCACUGGCUUCUCAGGAAAUAAUGGAGCUACGGACAUUGACGACGGGCCAAAUGGACAUAUAGAAUACGGCAUCCUUUACAACCCCAAUGACCCGGCAUCUAACAGCACAGUCAGUGUCGCAAACACCCUUUCAGGACACAUUAUUCUGGCAGAGAGGCUAAACUAUGAGGAGAGAACUCGCUACCUGGUUUUGGUCCAAGCCAAUGACCGAGCUCCGUACCCACCUAACAGACGAACAGCUACUACAACUCUGACUGUGGAUGUUCUGGACGGGGACGACCUGGGCCCCAUGUUCCUGCCUUGCAUUUUGGUGAACAACACCCGCGACUGCAACCCCCUCACUUAUCGUGUUGCCAUCCCUGAAUUCACUGAACCGAGCAAACUGAACCCACUGAAUGUGACCCCUGCAAUCCGGGCUGUGGACAUGGACAGAAACAUACAGCCCCCAUCAGACAGACCUAAUAUUCUUUACUACAUCCUGGUCGGUCAUCCAGCGACAUAUCCGGAGUAUUUCACCUUGAACAGAACCACUGCAGAGCUGCGUGUUCUGCAGCCAAUCAGCAGGGACUUGUAUCAAAGGUUCACGCUCAUCAUCAAGGCCGAACAGGACAACGGUCACCCCCUCCCGGCCUAUGCUGACCUCAUUAUCGAAAUCCUGGAUGAGAACAACCAGGCGCCGUAUUUCCAGUUUGCUACCUAUCAGGGCUAUGUGAGCGAGUCCUCCCCCGUGGGUACAACUAUCUCAGCCAGCGCCAACCUCACUGCACCCCUGGGAAUCGUCGCUCUGGAUAAUGACAUUGAGGAGACCAAAGACCCCAUGGUGAAGAUUACCCUGGAUGACUACACCACGAUCUUCGGCCUGACCCCAACAGGGAUAAUCCGCUACCUGAAGCUCAUCAAACCUGUGGACCGGGAGAAGCAGAUGGCCUAUACUUUCACGAUGGUGGCAUCAGAUGGCGUCCAGCAGAGUAGCCCAGUAACUGUCAACAUCCUGGUCAUUGAUGCCAAUGACAACACGCCCACGUUUGCCGAGGUCUCCUACAGCGUUGAAGUCUUCACAGACAUGCAGCCGGGGGAGACGGUACUGCAGUUAACAGCGACAGAUGCUGAUGAGGGACUGAACGGUCUGGUGACCUAUGAGAUACUGGCUGGAGCCCAGGGAGACUUCAUCAUUAGUAAUCGCACUGGACGCAUCACUGUGGCGCCUGGUGUCAUCUUAAUCGUGGGACGAUCUUACGCACUGACUGUCAAGGCUUCUGACAAUGCACCAGAGGUCCAGAGAAGGAGCUCCAUCACUACGGUAUACAUUGAGGUUUUGCCUCCCAACAACCAGAGCCCCCCACGCUUCCCUCUCUUCACCUACAGCCUGGAAGUCAGCGAGGCCAUGAGGAUAGGAGCUAUUCUGCUCAAUCUGCAAGCCACAGACAGAGAAAAUGACCCGAUCACAUACCGCAUCGUGAGUGGGGAUUCCCAGAAGGUCUUCAACCUCACUGAAACGAUUGGCCUUCUGCUACUGGGAAAGCCUCUGGACAGAGAGACCACAGAUCAGUACCGUCUGAUUGUCACAGCUUCUGACGGCAACCCAGGAGGGACAUCCACUACGACUGUGAACAUAGUCGUCACUGAUGUCAACGAUAAUGACCCUGAGUUCGACCUCACCAUACCCACUAAUUUUACUGUCCAAGAAGAGGAGGCCAAUUUGUUUGUUGGACAAGUCAGGGCCACAGAUCCAGAUGCCGGAGUUAAUGGCCAGGUGCGCUACCGGAUUUUAAAUCAUCCAGACUUGUUUACAAUCAGCGCUAACGGCAGCAUCUACACAAGAGUGCCUCUCGAUCGGGAGCUCAGGAGCCAAUAUGACCUGGUGGUGGAGGCCUCAGAUGGAGCAGUGGAUCCACGGCGGACCACCUUGACCCUCUCAGUCCAGGUCUUGGACAUCGAUGACAACAGCCCAGUCUUCUCCCAGGAAACUUACGUGGUGAACGUACCUGAGAACAGCCCUGUGGGGACUGUGGUCCUGAAGCUAAGCGCAGUGGACUCAGACCUCUUCUCCAAUGUCACGUACCGGAUCAAGACUGAAUCGGCCAGGCAGCUGUUUUCUCUGAACCCUGUCACGGGGGAGUUAGCCGUGCUGCAAACCCUGGACUUUGAGGACCUGGCAUCUAUGGGCAUGGGGGCCUCUUACACUUUCCAGGUGGAAGCUGUCGACCAAGGAGGGGUCAUGCCCCCAGGGCAAGCUACCGUCACGGUCCGCAUCACGGACAUGAAUGACUUCUCCCCAAUCUUCACCCAAGACUUGUAUAAGGGUAUGGUGGCACCCAACGCAGAGAAGGGAACAGUCAUCACAACUGUUUUUGCAGAGGACCAGGACCCUCCAGGCACUCCGGCCAGUUUUGUCCGCUACAGAGUGGACCAGGACAGGUCACCGUACAGUGGGAGUAUCUUUGAUGUGGAAGAAGAAACUGGAAGAGUCAUCACUAAGGUCAACCUCAAUGAGGAGCCCAGUGUCACCUUUAAGUUGUUCGUGAUUGCCUUCGAUGACGGGGAGCCGGUGAAGACUAACAGCACCAUGGUGGAGAUCACCGUUCUUCAGCCUUCUCGCAUCCCAAUUUUCACCCAGGAAGAAUACAGGUUUCCUCCAGUUAGCGAGCUGGCUCCAUUUGGUACACCGGUGGGAACGAUUCUAGCUGCUGCAAUCAAUCAAACCAUCUUCUACUCCAUUGUGGCGGGAAAUGAGCUAGGUCAUUUUCAGGUGAACAACAAGACAGGCGUCAUCUCCACAGCUAAACCUCUGGAUUAUGAAAAUGUGACCAGCUACGUCCUCCGGGUCCAGGCAGACUCUAUGGUGAUUGUCAUGUCCAACCUGCGCGUGCCUUCUAAAACAAACACAGCCAAGGUGUAUAUCGAGGUGCUGGAUGAGAAUGACCACCCUCCCGUCUUCUCCAGAAAACUCUACAUAGGCGGCGUGACGGAGGACACAAAGAUCUUCAGCUCGGUGCUCAAGAUAGUGGCCACUGAUAAGGACACUGGGAAUUACAGUGAGAUGGCGUACCGCCUGAUUAUCCCACCCACACCAGAGGGCCAGGACAGCUUCGUCAUUGAGACCUAUACAGGCAUCGUCAAGUCGGCCAUCAUGUUUCGAAAUAUGCGCAGGUCCUACUUCAAGUUUGAGGUUAUCGCCACGGACGACUAUGGAAAAGGUCUCAGCAGCAGCGCUGAGGUGGUGGUUUCUGUGGUCAACGCAUUGGACAUGCAAGUUGUUGUGUCGACUGUCCCGCCCACGUUAGUGGAAGAACACAAGGAGCAACUCAUUAGCAUCCUGGAGCGACACGUCCAGGACCAGAUUCCAGGUGCCAAGGUGAUUGUAGAGUCAAUCGGGCCUCGUCGUCAUGGCGAUGGCUAUGAACUGGAGGACUACAGUAAGUCGGACCUGAAUGUGUACGCCAUUGACCCGCUCACCAACAGGGCCAUUUCGCCCAAGGAGCUCUUCAAAUUUCUCGAUGGGAAUGUGCUGGAAAUCAACAAGGAGUUCCAGCCGUACCUUGGCGAGGGUGGCCGCAUCCUCGAGAUCCGCUCUCCAGAUAUUGUGGCCAGUGUGAAGAAAGCAGCCCAGGCUGUGGGCUACACAGAGGGAGCUCUCUUGGCUCUGGCCAUUAUCAUCAUCCUCUGCUGUAUCCCUGCCAUCCUCAUUGUCAUGGUCACCUACAAACAGUUCAAAGAGCGACAGGCAGAGUGUGCCAAAACUGCCAGGAUUCAGAUGGCUUUACCGCCGGGAGGGAAAGCAGCUCCGGCAGGUGCUCCCAGUGCUAAUCUCUACGAGGAGCUGGGCGACAGCAGCAUGCGAGGCUACGGCAGACAGCAACAGCAACUGCUGAGGCCAUCUCUUCUGAGACCUGAGGAGCUCUCCAUGGAGUCAGGUAUCGACCCAGGCCAGGACUACUACACACAAGACUACUAUAAUUACGACCAAGGGUAUGACAUUCCUCAGUAUGGCAGCCGGAGGAGGCUGAUAUCACCCAUGUAUGAUGAGUAUGGAGAGGUGAUCAUGGAGGAUGACGGAUAUUACUACAGCCCCCAUGGCCCUGAGGGCCGGGGCAGAGGCAGAGGCAGGGGCCGUGGUAGAGGUCCACCCAAGAGGGUUGCAUUUAGGGACGAGCAGCCAGGGGAUGAAAUCGAACAAGCUGAGCCAGCAGAGGGGGGCGAGCCUUCUAAGGCUGCCAAGAAACUGAAGUCUGUCAUGAAACUCAGCAAACUCCUGGCGGCCAGCAAGCAGCCUUCUGAUGCUGGUCCUUCUGGCGCAUCUCCAUGGAAGAAAGCCAAGAUGCUCAAGAUGUUUGGUGCCGGGAAGAAGGACAAGGAUUAUGCCAAACUGAUGUCAGCCCGCCGUAUUGACAGCCAGGAGAGUCUUACAGGCGGACCAGCAGUUACGGGACCAAUUGACAGCAAGUCUGAUACCCGUAGCAAGCUAGGAAAGGUUUUGAGGAAAAUAAACCUAGGCAACAAGUUGCAGCUUCGGAGGAAGUCACUGAGCAGCGUGAGCCGUGGCUCGGCAACAGGCAGCGAGAGAGACGAGGAGGCCUCGCAAGUAGCCAGCGAGGAUGACAAGAAGUCGAAAGUGUCCAUUAGUGUGACAGAGAGUGAGCCAGAAGCAGGUGCAAGUGGAAGCAGUAAGGAGAAAGAUUCUGACGAGGUGUCCUCAGAGAAAAGCAGUGUUGACAGAGAUUAUCUAAAAGUAGAUUUAGACCGGGAUGAUGCCAACGAAAGCACUGUGGACUCCGAGGAAGAGCCUGAUGAAGAGCCAGGGGAUUCGGAGGAGGAAAGCAAGUCCAAAUCUGAAGAAGAAGAAGAGGAAACUGAGAAGGAAUCUGUCAGUGAGAAAGAAUCCGGGACUGAAAAAGAGUCAGAGUCGGAGAAGGAGUCAGAGUCAGAGAAAUCAUCAGCUACAGAGAAAGAAUCAGAAACUGAGAAAGAGUCUGAGUCAGAGAAAGAGUCUGAAUCCGAGAAGGUAACAGAGUCAGGAACUGGUACAGCAACAGAGAAGGAAACUAGCACAGAGAAGGAAUCAGGGACAGAGAGAGACUCAGAGGAAGAGUCUGGGGAGGAAGAGUCUGAGGAAGAAGAGGCUUCAGGGAGCACUAGAGAAAGUGGGUCCUCUGCCCGCUCUUCCAUGAGAUCAUCAGCUACUGAGGCCAGCAAAGGGAGCAGUGCUUCAGGCAGUGGCAGUGGCAGCGGCAGUGGCAGUGGCAGUGGCAGUGGCAGCGGUAGUGGCAGUGGCAGUGGCAGCGGUAGUGGCAGUGGGAGUGGGAGUGGUACCAGAGAAAGUGAGAGUGCAAGUGAGAGUGUCAGUGGUAGUGCUAGCAGUGCUGCAUCCUUAUCAGGAUCGAGUGUUAGAUCGUCACAGAGAACCAGAUCAUCAGGAAGUGCAGUAACCUCAGAGAAGUCCAGCGAAGAACUCAGUGAGGCUGAGUCAGGGACAGGGACCGCCAGCGAGACAGAGGCAGAGUCAGGGUCAGGGUCAGGAAGUGAAGGCUCUGUAUCUCGAGGGUCCAGCCAGAGGAAAAUGUCUGGGUCAGAGUCUGGUGGAGGGUCCUCCUCCGGCAGUCAGAUGACAGACCAGAGCUCCCUGGGCAGCGAAGAGAGUUCAGCUGGUUCUCGGUCCACCAGAGGUAGCCAGCGUUCCGGUAAGUCCAUCCUGAGCCGCGGAUCUGAAGACACAAUCACAGAGGAGAGUGAAGACGAGGAUGAUGACGAAUCUCAGACUGCUGACGAGGGCAAAGAGUCAGCCAGCGAGCUCAGUGAUGAUGCACCUCCUGCAAAGUCCAGGGUGGCGUCUAGAGACCCUGGGCCCUCUGCCCCCUACGCUGGUCCCUCAUACAGCUCUGACAUCAGAAGUGACACCUCUGUAGAGACAUACGGAGGACUGUCCCCUAUCACUGAGGUGGACGAGGACGCCAUCUCCUCUUCAGCCAGUGGCUCUGCUUCAGAAGCCGGCAGUGCGUCGAAGGGCUCGGGAGAAAUAGGAGCAUCAGAUGCUGAUUCAGACUCUGAAGGAAACUCAACUGCAUUCUAGAGAGAUAUAUUGUCCACUGUGAACCGGGGAAAAAGAAGCGCAUUAAGCUGGUGGUAGAUCGGGAGAAUGAGACCACCUCCACAGGAGAGGAGAGCACCACAGAGACCCAGCGGAACCGACUCCCCAACAGCCACAGCAACAUCAACGGGAACAUCUACCUCGCA